UGGAACAGGGAAACAAUAGAACGGGGGGGCUAGUAUCAUACCAUCGGCAAGAAAGAGUAUUCACCACGCACAAGGUCCGCUAAGUGGCGAAGUUAUGGGGCGAUAUGGUCUGCCACAUACGAUGGCAGAGGCAUCUCUACGAGCUGGAGGGAGAGAUGUGGUCGAUAAUGUUAUGAGUAAAUUGCCAUCUUCAAGUCCAAAGCCAAUACGGCAUUCCAAAGAAGUCCGAAGAAAAUCCAUUGAUCAAAUCAAUCCAAGUACUGAAAAUUAUACAGAUGACAAUAACCAUGCGAAAUCCUUACCUGCGUACCUCACGUCAUAUUCCAGCGAAGGAUCAGACAACUGGCAAGAAAUGAUUGCGUCUCUCAAUACACACAACGUAUCAAGAUUGUCAGGGUCUACUCAUAACACGUCACAUUCUUUCAAUAAUUCUUCAAUCCAAGAAUCAAAUAAUUCAAAUAACUUCAAUUAUGUGGAUGAUGUGUACGGAAAAUCAAGUGAUAUGAAUAUUCCUGGAAGUACAAAGCAGAGCGCAUUACCAAAACUAACAUUAGCAUUACUACUUGGUGUAGUUGCUAUAGCUGCAGGAUGGCAAUUUGGACCAACACAAGGAAGUCUUAAUACAAGUAAUAAUUACGAAAAGGCUAUGUUUUACAAGGAUCUGAAUGAACUUGGAGAGAAAUAUGGGAUUAAUGAUGAUUCCAUUUUACAAAUAAAAUCUGGUAUUGCUACAAUAUCAGAAAAACAAGACACUGCGUCUUUUGUAUUUCUAUACAAAAGUGACACCAGAGAUUUUGACGAGAACAACUUCAACAAUUUUGUCAAUGCUGCCGCAUCAUUUGCUGCGAAAUAUUUACGUACAUACAGUGCAUCGAUCCAUCAUAUCACAGUAGAUGGAUCAGAACUCCGUAUGCCCACCUACAGCGACUUAAUACGAGAAUAUCGUGAUGACAUCACAAGGACCGGUGUAAUGCUGCUGAAAGACCUUGUUGAAGUGCCUUCAAAACUUGCCAUGGCCUUCCAUUAUUAUUGUGAUGAGUUGAAUCCACUAGCUAAGAAAAGUGCUAUAUUUUUCACUUUAGAUAUGGCGAAAUGUUCUAAUUCACCCAGUAAACAAUCGACACACGAGAGAAUCGAAAGUUGCCUGGCAAGCAAGUGGACUGAUGUUCCAGGCGACAAUUUAAAGCCGUUGCUGACAAGAAUCGUGAACAUUGUUGUUGACGUAACUGGCACCAAAUGAAAGAAAAAUCUUAAAGUCCCAUAUACUUAACGUAAAACAAAAAGUUGAAAAAAAAAACCAUUGAUAAAAUCAUUCGUGCUAAUUA